GUUUUUAAUCUAAAUAUGGACAGGAAUAUUUGUAAAACUAACUUAAGAAAAAAAAACUUCUAUAAUUUUAUCAAUCCAGAGGGAAAUUCAUACAUCAGUAACCAGGCUUCUCCUACACAUAAUAAAAUCAAAAUAGAAAAUUCACUAAAUACAAAAUAUGUGCCCUGUCCUCACAUGGGAACUUUUGCAGUAAACGUAACUUUGUGGCAUUCUUGCUGCGGCGGGCAAGAGGGAGGGUACAGAUAACACUGGUGCAGAAGUGCACAAUGCAAAACAACAAAAAGACCCCCCAACCCCCAAGAAAAAGGAAAGAAAGAAAGAAGAAUGGGGGACUCAACACUCCAAGGUCUCGCAGCUCUCCCGAGUAUGCGUACAUAAUGAAGCGGCGUGGGGAGGAUCCGGAAACGGUUUUUGCGUCCCCGCAGCGGCGCCUCGGUGGCAACGCGGAGGCUUUCCAGCAUCGUGUCCUGGCCCCUGCUCCAGCUCCGGCUGUGUACGAGGCCGUGUCUGACAACAUGCAGCCCACAGCAGGCGUCCAGUACUCCGUCCCACAAGGAUAUCAGGUUCCCACGGUGGCCCAGAACAGUGGCGGGCAUGGGCACACUCCAAGCCCAGCUGUCCAUGGGGGUUCCCACCACCACAGCCCGGCAGUGCAGUCCCACGGGCCCUCGGUGAUGUCAGGGCACACCCAUACAGUUGCUCCUCAGGCCUCUGCACAGGGCCAGCAGCAGUUUCAGAGACUCAAGGUGGAAGACGCUUUGUCUUACUUGGAUCAAGUGAAGCUGCAGUUUGGCAACCAGCCACAGGUCUACAACGACUUUUUAGACAUAAUGAAAGAGUUCAAAUCCCAAAGUAUUGACACUCCCGGAGUGAUCAGCAGAGUGUCACAACUCUUCAAAGGUCAUCCUGACCUCAUCAUGGGCUUCAACACUUUCCUGCCUCCGGGCUACAAGAUCGAGGUCCAGACCAACGACCUAGUCAAUGUGACAACACCGGGUCAGAUCCACCACAUCACCCCACAUGGCAUUUCAGUCCAGAACAUCCCCGUAUCAGGAGCUGCUCCCGCUGCUCCCCCACCUCAGCCUCCGCUUCCCUCGUCUGCAACCACCACCGCUCCACCCCUUCUAACACAGCCCACGCCCGCCAAGACCAGCAAGCCUCCUCAGCCCCAGGCGUUAACACCAAGCAGCCAGAGCAAUCCGUCCAUCCCUGCCUACACCUCUCCCCGCUCCCCACCUAUGCAGCUCCACCCACCACUCAGCGGGACCCCCACCGGACCACCCAUGCAGAACAACCAGCCAGUGGAAUUCAACCAUGCCAUCAACUACGUCAACAAGAUCAAAAACCGCUUCCAGGGCCAGCCCGACAUUUACAAAGCCUUCCUGGAGAUCCUGCAUACUUACCAGAAGGAGCAGCGUAAUGCCAAGGAGGCUGGAGGAAACUACACACCAGCUCUGACUGAACAGGAGGUUUAUGCUCAGGUGGCCAGGCUCUUCAAGAAUCAGGAGGAUCUACUCUCUGAGUUUGGGCAGUUUCUCCCUGAUGCCAACAGUUCAGUGCUAUUAAAUAAGACCACUGCUGAGAAGGCCGAGUCUGUACGAAACGACCACGGUGGCACUGCCAAAAAGCUUCAGCUCAACAACAAGCAGAGGCCCAAUCAGAAUGGCUGCCAGAUCCGUCGCCAUCCCACGCCAGGGGCCACACCCCCCGUCAAGAAGAAGCCGAAGUUACUGAACUUGAAAGAUUCCUCAGUGGCAGAGGCCAGCAAGCAUGGAGUCGGCACAGAAUCUCUGUUCUUUGAGAAGGUGCGCAAAGCCUUGCGAAGUGCAGAGGCCUACGACAACUUCUUGCGAUGUCUGGUCAUCUUUAACCAGGAGGUGAUUUCCAGAGCUGAACUGGUGCAGCUGGUGCUGCCGUUUUUAGGAAAAUUCCCGGAGCUAUUCAACUGGUUCAAAAACUUCCUGGGGUAUCGUGAAAUGUCCCACAUUGAAACAUACCCCAAGGAGCGGGCUACCGAGGGCAUCGCCAUGGAGAUUGAUUAUGCUUCCUGUAAGAGACUAGGCUCCAGUUACAGAGCCCUGCCUAAAAGCUACCAGCAGCCCAAGUGUACAGGCAGAACUCCACUUUGUAAAGAGGUCUUAAACGACACUUGGGUCUCCUUCCCCUCUUGGUCUGAAGACUCCACUUUUGUCAGCUCCAAGAAGACUCAGUAUGAGGAGCACAUCUACAGGUGUGAAGAUGAACGUUUUGAGCUGGAUGUUGUAUUAGAGACCAAUCUGGCUACCAUCAGAGUCUUGGAGACGGUGCAGCGGAAGUUGUCCCGCAUGUCUGCGGAGGAACAGGCCAAGUUCCGCUUGGACAACAUGCUGGGUGGCUCCUCAGAGGUCAUUCACCGCAAGGCCAUCCAGAGGAUAUACGGAGACAAAGCGCCCGACAUCAUUGACGGCUUGAAGAAAAACCCUGCUGUUUCUGUCCCCAUCGUUUUGAAAAGGUUAAAGACAAAAGAGGAAGAGUGGCGGGAAGCCCAGCGAGGCUUCAACAAGAUCUGGAGGGAGCAGAACGAGAAGUAUUACCUUAAGUCUCUCGACCAUCAAGGCAUUAACUUCAAGCAAAAUGACACCAAAGUGCUUCGAUCAAAGUCCUUGCUCAAUGAAAUCGAAAGCAUCUAUGAUGAGCGUCAGGAGCAGGGCUCUGAGGAGACCACCACACCAGUCACAGGCCCCCACCUGACACUGUCCUACGAGGACAGCCAAAUCCUUGAGGACGCAGCAGCCCUCAUCAUCCACCAUGUGAAGCGGCAGACCAGCAUUCAGAAGGAGGACAAAUACAAAAUCAAACAGAUCAUCUAUCACUUUAUCCCUGACAUGCUGUUUUCUCAGCGGGGCGAGCUUUCAGAUGUAGAGGAGGAGGAGGAGGAAGAGGAGAUGGAACUGGAGGAAGGAGCUUCUAAAAAGCACAACGGUGUCCCGGGCAGCGGGAGCCCCUCAAAGUCCAAGCUGCUGUUCAGCAACACGGCAGCGCAGAAGCUGCGCGGCUGCGACGAUGCCUACAACCUCUUCCUCGUCAACAACAACUGGUAUGUCUUCCUGCGGCUGCACCAGACACUCUGCUCACGUCUGCUGCGGCUGUACGAGCAGGCGGAGCGGCAGAUCGAAGAGGAGGUCAGGGAGCGGGACUGGGAGAGGGAAGUCCUGGGGCUCAAGAAGGAGAAAAAUGACAAUCCAGCCAUCCAGCUAAGACUGAAGGAGCCCAUGGACAUUGAGGUGGAAGAUUACUACUCUGCUUUCUUGGAGAUGGUUCGGAAUUUGCUGGAUGGCAACAUGGAAGCAUCUCAGUACGAGGACUCUCUGAGGGAAAUGUUCACCAUUCACGCUUACAUCGCGUUCACAAUGGACAAGCUCAUCCAAAGCAUCGUCCGGCAGCUCCAGCACAUUGUGAGUGAUGAGAUCUGCGUCCAGGUAACAGACCUCUAUCUGGCAGAGAGCGCCAGCGGAGCCACUGGAGGAAGCUUGUCCACACAGUCCUCCAGGAGCUCCGCAGAGACGAUCUAUCAGCGGAAAGCUGAGCAGCUCAUGUCUGACGAGAACUGCUUUAAGGUGAUGUUUUUGAGAAACCGAGGACAAGUGCAGCUCACGGUGGAGCUGCUCGACACAGAGGAAGAGAACUCAGACGAGCCCAUGGAGGCCGAGCGUUGGUCUGAUUAUGUGGGACGCUACUUAAACCCAGAUUCCACAACUCCUGAGCUGAGGGAGCACCUCGCUCAGAAGCCAGUUUUUCUUCCCAGGAAUCUGAGACGGAUCAGGAAGUACCAGAAGGGCCGAGAGCAGCUGGACAAGGAGGCCUGCGAGGGUGGCAAGAAAUCGCUGGAUAAGGAGAAAAUGGAGUGCAUGUUCAAAUUAAACUCGUACAAGAUGGUCUACGUCUUUAAGUCUGAGGAUUACAUGUACCGACGCACUGCCCUGCUGCGAGCUCACCAGUCACACGAGAGGGUGAGCACGCGACUACACAAACGCUUCCAGGCCUGGGUGGAGGCGUGGGUCAAAGAGCACGUCACCCGCGACAUGAGCGCCGAGACCAACAAGUGGCUGAUGGGCGAGGGACGUGAAGGCCUAUUGCCCUGCAGCACCACCCGUAACCCAGAGGUCCUUCACUUCAUGAACAUCAACAAGUACCGUGUGAAAUACAGCACACCUAGCAAGGCACCGUAGCCAGCCAGACCCACGAGGACAAACGGAAGCAGACUGACUUUUGGGGGGUUUAGGUCUGAUAUCAAACAGGUCAGGAAUAGAGGUAGGGACGAAGGGUUGUCGAUGUGUUUUUAAAGCGGACAUGGGAGCACAAUUAAGCUAGCUGCCGUGUGUGUUGAAACCGGGGCGGCAGGAUUACUGAAAUCUUUUUUUUCUUUUUUCUUUUUUUAACCAGCGUUUUUAGCUGGGCCCUUUUUUUUUUUUAAAUUUAUUUUUCCCCAGGGCCUUCGGUGCCAAAACUUAGGAAUGGUCAUGUUCCAGUCGCAGACCUGAGCUCUCACCAGCACUCAGAGCCACGUCACAAACUUCCUUGAGCCUUUACGACAGAGCUUAGCGACAUAAGAAAAGAGAGUGUGGUGCUUUUUUUACUUUAUCACAGCUGAGGUUCAAUUCAGCCUUAGACGGUGUGAAGCCAUCCAAGUAAUCGAGUUCCAUCAAAAUCAAAUACACAGGGAUUUAUUUAUGAAAGUGUUAUUCUGUAGUAUUCACUGAGAACAAUAUGAUGGACAAGUGCACUUAUUUUGAAAAAAGGGGGAAACGUUUCAGAAGUUUUGUUGCCCAGAUUGAAGGUUUGGGGGGAGCUCGGUAAAGUCUGAGAGAUCUGGUUCAGACAUUCCUGUGUUACGGCCAAAUCACAAUCAUGUCUCAUCAAGCAGACGGAAAGAGGGUUACAGUUUCUUUUCCAAAACACAUGGCAGCAUUAUUAGAAACGGUGCCUGAGCUCCAAACCGCGUUGUCGGGUUAACAUAGAAAAAAGCACUGUUACAUCUAAUGUUUAAAAAAAGAAGGGGCCUCACAACACUGUUUGGUCUCAGACUGUAAAAUUGUAUAGCUCGUGAAUGUCAGAUACUGACAUGUAUUCCAGUGUAUGUGUUGUGUAUAUAUAUUAUAUAUAGUUCUAUUAACACACACGAUCCUCGCCGCCCUGGAAGUCAACCUUUUUAAGAUGCCCUCCGCCAAUACACCAGCUUUAACACACUCAAAUACGAACACACACACAAACACACACACACACACACAUGCACAUCUUGCUCAUGCCCUCAUGUUGUAAAUACACUGUGUAUAUAGUCUCAGACUUUUUUAUGACAGAUCUGUGUUGUUGUGCUAGUAAUACUUUCCAAGCUUACUGUGGACUUUAGUGAUAAAUGGCUAAAGUUAGUAUGUAUAUGAAAAAGAUAAAUGCAAGACCAUUUAUUACCGUUUUUACCAAAGGGAGUUGAUUCUAAAAUAGCCGUUUUUGCCCCCUUUGUGUGUUCCUUUAUGUCUUUUGCUUUUUAAUUUCUGUAGUUAAACAUGGGGGGUGGGGGAGGUGAGUAGAAAUGUAUCCAGGCCUUUCCGUUUAUAGACACAAAAACAUCUUUUCUUUUCCGAGUGUGACAUUUGGUUUCAAUAAAAUCACUGCCCCCAAUUUCUGACAACCGACACCGUCCGUGGUGAUGGUGGGACUCAUUUUAAAGUUCAGUGGACUCCACCACAGUCUCACGUUGUGAUGCACGCUUCCUUCCCUGGAUAGAUUUCUGCUGCAAACAUCACCCCACACCAUAUUUUUGAUAAUGGAAGAAGUCACUUGAGCAUGUCUUUAGUCCCUUUAUUUAGACAUUAUUUAAAGUAAUAAUAAAAAUGACAUUUGUAGCCUACUGAGA